AUGGGUUCUGACUCAGAUCGUGUUACUGCUCUUAUUGAUAAAUUAGCACUUGAAUUUAAGGUUCGUGGUAUGGGUGUGCCUUCUUUCUUCUUGGGAAUAGAAACUGUCCUGUUAUCUGGCGGUAUGCUUUUAUCCCAACAACGGUACAUGAAGGAUAUUCUCAAAUGUGCUGGCAUGGUGGACUGCAAGUCAGUAAUCACACCUGUCUCUUCUGCGAAAAUCACAGACGACGUGGUCGUUCCCUAUGCCGAUCCAACACAAUACAGGAGUCUUGCUGGUGCUCUCCAGUAUCUUACGAGAGUCCUGCGGUAUGUCAAAGGCACCCUGAAUCUUGGCCUGCGUAUUUCUCGAUCUACAUCUAUGGAUAUUCACGCCUAUUCUGACUCAGAUUGGGCUGGCGAUCCAAAUGACCGCAAAUCUACUAGUGACUUUGCUGUGUUUUGUGGCACGUUUUUCGACUGA